AUGGCGCAGGUGCUGAGGGCAGCGGUGGCGGCGGCGUGCGCAGGAGGGCUGCUGUCACGGCUUCAGGCUCCGGUUGCCAUGGCGAGAGCCCCUCCCGCCUCCCAGGCCUCACGGGGUGUGGCGGGGGCCGUGUGGGCCCUGGGGCGACUCAACCACGUGGCCAUCGCCGUGCCGGACCUGGAGAAGGCCCGGGCCUUUUACCGGGACGUCCUGGGGGCCCGGGUGAGCGAGGUCUCCCCCCUCCCCGAGCACGGAGUGUCCGUCGUGUUCGUGGACCUCGGCAACACCAAGAUGGAGCUGCUCCACCCGCUGGGGAGUGACAGUCCCAUCGCGGGAUUUCUGCAGAAGAACAAGGCCGGGGGCAUGCACCACGUCUGCCUCGAGGUAGACGACAUAAAGGCCGCCGUGAGGGACCUGAAGGAAAAGAAGAUCCGCAGCCUGAGUGACGAGGCCAAGAUCGGGGCCCACGGGAAGCCCGUCAUCUUCCUGCACCCCAAGGACUGCGGGGGCGUGCUGGUGGAGCUGGAGCAAGCCUGA